AUGGAUGUACCCCAAGGUGUGCAGGAUGCUGUCAACCAGGUGUUGCAAGCAGAGGGCAUGCCCACCUUGAGCCAGUGGAAUGCUGUGCUUUCCAUUUUGGAAAAGCAUGGCUUGGCUUGGAAGCAAAUGCUGACAGCAUGCAGCUUGCUGGUGCAUCCUAUGAACCGAGCAGGGAUGGGAGUCAAUAGCUUUGCUGUCCAUAGCAAAGGAGCUUCUCUCCAUCAGACUGGCUUUGAUGCUCAGCAUUUGCAUAGCAGCACACGCUUUGAGCUGGCUCAGGAUGCUUCUGUUCGACAGAACCAGGUGGCCUUCAACCACGUGCUUGUGCAGCAGUCCAAUGGACUUUUGGCCCCCAUCAAUUCGAAGGAAAGGUAUCUGUCAGUAAGCAGUGGGCAUUUGUCACAAUUUGUGAAGGCUGCAUUAGCUGAGUGCUCCACCAACCAGAAGGGUCUCCAAGACUCUGGCGGUAGGUUAAACAAGCAGACCCUUUCCAGAGACCCUGAACUCAAGAAACUUUUGGAAAGUGGAUGGGAGUGGACUGUCGUAAGCUGGAAAGCCGAAUCCACAUGGCCCCUGCUUCCAAGCCUUGCUGAAAAAGCAUUGAAUGCUAGCAACUCGGCUUUUACUGCCCAGAACGAGGUAGAGUUCUUGCUGCAGCUUUUCCAGCUGGCACAGCAGCAGAAGGGUGCCAAUCUGCAAGAGCUGGCAAGACAGCUUGGCCAGGAAAGCCCACUCAGCAGCUACAGCUCUGAUAUGGGCAAAUGGGUGGAGAUGUUCAGUGGUCAGGGCGAUUUCCUAAAAUUCUUAGGUCCGUUUUCGCAAGAAUUCGGAGAUGGGGUCAAUCUCGGCCAGGAGUUUUGGGCUGCAGUUGCAGGCCCUUUGCAAGCACAGCUGCCUAUGAUUAGGCUUGCUAUGUUGGCGAGCAACUACACGGCACCCCAAAGCAAAAUAGCCAACGGCUUAGCCAGGCUCAUUGUCAGAGCAGACUUCGACAAGCUAAAGAACAGCAAGGUCAAGACUGCAGCGGACAAAGCUGAGAAUGGCUUGUUCCAGGCUUGGUCGAAAGUCGCAACCUUGCUGCCUGAUUUGGGAGCUGCAAGGGCUUUCGGGAUGCUCUGCAUAAGGUGCAUACUGCAUCUGCUGGGCAAAGAGAAAAUGGGCAGAGAAGCCAGGAUCUUCAAGACAGUUGAAGAGAUCUUCCUACUGUUCGAGGAUGACUUGAAUGGUUGUGGGGCAGCAGCUUCCAGUUCCACUUCUGCUCGCAGCAAACCUGCUGCUGGGACAGCCAUGGUGGCUCUGGGCGAAGCUUACGACCCUUUGUGGCUUGCACAGCAGAAGAUUGAGCUGAAGAUUGGGAACAUCUACCAGCGCAAGGACCAGCUCUGGAGGCUCUUGGCCCUGGACAAGGACAAGCUUUGCUUUGAGGCUGCCAGCUUGUUUGCAGAAGGGGAGAUGGAGCUGGCAACUGCUGAUUGCCACAAAGAGCUGAAGCUUCACAAAGGGCCAGUUCCUAGCAUUUUGGGAAAGCAGGCUGCUGCUUCCAGGAUGCCUUCCACCCUGUGUACAGCUGAGCAGAAGCAAGCCAGUUUGUUCCUUUCUUUGCUUAAAGCAGCCCCUAAGCUAGAGCCCAAAGGGCUGUGGGAGCUUGUGGGCAUUGAGUCUGCCUCAAAGAAGCUUAGCUCACACUGGUCCCUGUGA